UUGCUCUAGUUGUGCUUUCUCUCAUAUUUAUCUUCAUUUUGAUUGUUUUUAUCAUCGGGCAUGGCAUUGAUUAUGGGUAUAAGGUCCCAUAAACUUCUGUUCGCAAUUUUUACUCUUUUACUGCUCUUGAAACCAGCCCUUGGAUUCAUUUCAAAGGUUGGAGACGAUAACGUGUGGUGCAUAGAGAGGGAGAGACAAGCACUCCUUGAGUUCAAAGAAAGCCUUAUUGAUAACACCAAUAUGCUCUCUUCAUGGGGGAGUGAAGAUGCAAAGAAAAAUUGUUGCAGCUGGGAAGGAGUUCACUGUAACAACCAGACAGGCCAUGUACUUGAGCUUCAUCUUGAUUUUUAUGGGUUACGAGAUGUUAUGACUGACAAGUACUCAACUUGGAAUGGCCCUGAAUAUAGUUUUUAUACUGAUUAUGGAAAAUAUAGUGACAACAGUCUCAAUAUAAUUGUUGGUUGGAAAGGAAAUGUGUAUGAGUAUGGAAAGAAUUUUGGAGAAAUGAGGAGCAUUGAUCUUGCAAACAACAAAUUGACCGGAAAUAUUCCAGAAGGGAUAUCCAGCCUCAUAGAAUUGAAAGCAUUGAAUUUAUCAGGAAACAUGUUGACUGGAAUAAUCCCUAAAAACAUUGGUAAGUUGGAACAAUUGGAAUCUUUGGAUUUGUCGAGAAAUCGGUUUUCUGGUUCAUUACCUGCUAGCAUGGUUGGUUUACAUUAUUUGGGCUAUCUUGACUUGUCCUAUAAUAAAUUAUCGGGAAGAAUUCCAACAGGCACUCAACUCCAGUCCUUCAACCCUAGCAAAUUCAUGGGUAAUGCUGGACUUUGUGGACCUCCCCUUAUAGAAAAGUGCCCAGAAGAUGUAACAUCCAACGUUGGAGGCAGUAAAAACCAUCAAGAAGAUCAAGAUGGAGGAAGUAAAAACCAUCAAGGAGAUCAGGAUGAAUUCUGGAAGUGUCUUUAUGUUGGUACAGGUUUUGGAUUCGCUGCUGGUUUUUGGGGAGUCUGUGUCUCCUUAAUAUUGAACCGUUCUUGGAGACAUGCAUAUUUCCUAAUGUUGAUCAACCUGAAGGAUUGGUUGUACGUGACAAUAGUGGUGCAUACUAAAAUAUUGCUAAAGAUGUUUCACAACUAGGGCUAUCACAACUUCACUAAAGGAGAUCUCCUGCCUUUGAUAUUACGUCCUAUUCAUUCGCUUAAGAUAUCAUGCUGGGGUGCAAACUUUAAAGAAGACUUUCGAAUUCCAAUGUCAGUUUGUGUGUGUAAUAUAUAUAUAUAUAUAUAUAUAUAUAUGUAAAAUUUUGUGUGUACUAGGCAAGAGCUGGAAUUGCCAUCAAUGAAAUUUUGUUUUAUAUUCGAUUAA